AAGGAGACUUUCAUUGAUCGGGGUGCUUUGAGAGAGGAAACUCUGAGGCAAAAAUACUCGCGAGAAUGGACAUGGGAAAGAGCUCCGAGUCCGGAACGAGCGGCGGUGAGUCGUCGGAGAUUGACUACGAGGUUUUCUUGAGUUUCAGAGGGCCGGACACUCGCCAAGGAUUCACAGAUUGCCUUUAUCAGGCUAUGCUAGAGGCGAACAUCCGUGUUUUCUUUGACGAGGAAGAGCUACACGUCGGUAAAGCAAUAGCUAAUGAGCUACCGAAGGCCAUCGAAAAGUCGAAGAUCUAUGUACCCAUCUUCUCUAAAGGUUAUGCGUCUAGUCCGUGGUGCCUUCGCGAGCUUGCGGACAUGGUAGAGUGCACGAAAUCCAAACCAUCCGAGAAGGAGAUUAUGCCAAUCUUCUACGACGUGGAACCUAACGAUGUUAAGCUCAGGUCUCAACUAUAUGUCGGCGCUCUGAAGAAUCAUGAGAAGAAGUUUGACAGCCAGACGAUCCUAAAGUGGGCGGAUGCCCUCAAAAGUGCAGCCAAAAUCAGAGGAUGGGAGUUGAAAAAGCAAGGGUACUGGAAAUUCACGAAAUCGGUGAUACGAGAGAUUGUGAUGAAGCUGAAGACAAAAGACAAAUAUGUCGCCGAGCAUUUGGUCGGAAUGGAGGAUCGAGUGGAAGCCGUUUUGAAGUUGUUGGACGUGGACUCGGGGGGCAAGCGCUUUGUGCUAAUCCAUGGAAUGGGCGGAAUUGGCAAAACGACUCUUGCUAAGGAUGUGUUCAACAAACUAAAUUCUCUCUUUAGUCAUUGCUGCUUCUUGGGAAACGUCCGGGAAUCGUUAGUCAGCGUUGGCCUCGUAAAUUUACAGAAACAACUAUUGUCUAACACGUUAGGUUCGGCCUUUCAAGACGACAUAAACGAUGUCGACGAUGGGAUCAAGGUGAUUGCGAGGCGACUUUCUAAUAGGAAACUCUUCAUUGUUCUCGAUGAUGUGGAUGAUGAGGAGCAACUCGAGAAACUAGCCAUCAAGUGGAUAGCGUUUGGCUCGGGAAGCAGAGUUAUUUUGACAACUAGGAACAAAAGCAUCGUCGAAGCUGACCAAACUUUGGAGUACGAAGUAAAGCCGUUGAAUUCCAUUCAAUCAGUUGAGCUUUUUAGUAGACAUGCUUUUGGAAGAAAUCCUCCUCCAGAUGAUUGUGUCAGUCUAUCGAGACAAGUAGUUUCUAUGACCGGAGGACUUCCGUUGGCUCUCGAAGUCGUAGGCUCAUUACUUCGUCGGCAAAACAAAGCAUCGUGGAUAGAUGUGCUGGACAAACUGAAGGAAAUACCUCAUGAGAAGGUCCAGGACAAGCUGAAGAUCAGCUACAAUGCCCUGAGUCACGAGCAAAAACAGAUCUUUCUCGACAUAGCCUGUCUCUUUGUGAACAAAGACAAGGCGAAUGCUUUCUACAUGUGGAAAGAUUGUAGGUUUUUUCCGGAUUAUUCGAUUCAAGUCCUUAUCUGCAUGUCCUUAAUAAAGAUAACUGAUGACAACACGUUCUGGAUGCACGACCAACUAAGAGAUCUCGGGAGGAAAAUUGUACGUGGAGAUACAGGGCUGGUGGAUCCAAGAAAGCAGAGCAGGUUGUGGGUUAACGAGACGGCCAAUGAUAUCAUAAGAACAGAAGAGAGAAAGGAGGCCAUUGAAGCAGUCUGCCUAGAUGGAGGAACCUAUACGGGCAAAGAGUUUUCAAGGCUUCCAAACAUAAGGUUCCUCAAAUUAUAUGGGGGAGAUUUAGAUGGAGACUUUGAGAGUCAGCUUAAAAAGUUAAGAUACAUGUCCUGGCAGCACUGUCCUCGAGAGCUCUCGGCCACCAAUUUCCAUCCAAGCAAUGCUGUAGUUCUCGACCUGUCUUUCGGUUCCAUCACAGAGGACUGGGCUGGAUGGAGUCAAAUCAAGGUUGCCAAGAAGCUUAAGGUUAUGGAUCUCACAUGUUGCGACCGCAUGGUCAAGACUCCAGACUUCUCUCAUUAUUUGAGUUUAGAGAGAUUGAUCCUUCAAAGUUGCAGAUGUCUGAUUGAAGUUGAUGGUUCCCUCGAAAAGCUUGAGUGCCUGAUUUACUUCAAUGCGCGUGGGUGUGAAGAUCUUAGGGAGUUGCCAGAAGGAAUCGGAGGGUUAGAGAAGCUCGAGUACUUGGAUUUAGGCUAUUGCAGAAAAUUGAGGAAGCUUCCUGAAUCAUUCGCGAGAGUGGCAUCACUGGUAGAGUUGAAUCUCUCAGACACGGCUAUCACAAGAUUACCCGACUCCAUUGGUAACCAAAAGCGCUUGUCAGUACUUAAACUGGAACGUGCAAAAAUCGAUGGACUUCCCGAUUCUAUCGGCAAUCUACGGGAACUGAAGUUUCUCUUUGUAGCGGGAACUAAAAUAAAGGAGCUUCCAGUCUCGAUUGGGAACUUGGAAUCGCUACUCGAGUUGGAUGUCUCGGAUACAAAAAUUGAGUGGUUACCCGAAUCUAUUGGAGACUUGAGUAGAUUGAAAGUCAUCAAAAUUUCGGGUUCUCCUAUGAGGGGGUUACCUCAGAGCAUUGUCGAGCUAAAAGAGCUAGAAGAGCUACAUGCCGAGGAUUGCCCGUAUUUGGAGUGGGAAAUUCCCGAGGGCAUUUGGAAAUUGUCGCUUUUGAGAGUUCUUCUCUUGGAAUUUAGCCCUAGCAGAAGUGCUCUUGUGACGGUCAAACCACUUUCUCGCCUAGAGAAAUUAUGGUUAUACGAUUGCGACAAACUCGAACUAUUGCCUGAGCUUCCCACAAGUUUGACAAGCCUAAGCUUUGGAUCAAGUGCGCUGCGGCGGGUCCCAGAUCUCUCAAGCCUGACUAAAUUGUCGGAUUUGACCUAUAGGGGUCAUGAAGAGAGCGAUUGUCCUCUGUUCAUCCAAGAUGGUCCAUGCCGACAAUCCCUCACGUUCCUUCCACCGUCUCUGUCAACGUUGACACUUGAUUAUCACGAAUCCAAAACCAGUUUGUCAUUCCGUGGCAACUUCAGAAAAUUGACGUGUUUGCGCAUUUACCACUGCCUUUGGAAGGAAGUUCAACUCGAUGGGCUUGAGCAGUUGAUUGAAUUUGAAGUGGAAAGGGCAGAACUCCUCGAGGGAUUCGCCGGUCUUUCGGGUCUGAAGAGGUUGAAGCUGUUGAGACUGAUUGAUUGCCCAAAUCUGACUGCGAUCCAAGGGCUUGGUUCGGUGGAGUCGUUGGAGAAACUGGAUAUAGGGUGGUGUCCUAAGAUUGGAAGUCUAGACGAUCUAUCGGAUUUGAAAAAGCUGGAGGAGUUGUCGAUUGAAGAAUGCGAUGAGCUUGUGGCAGUUAAGGGCCUGGGUGAACUGGAGACUCUCCAAGGAAUGAGCUUUAAGGGUUGCAGAUCAUUGAGAAGUUUCCCUAACGUAUUCAAUUUAAAAGUACCAGGCGAGUGCAGUCUAUGGGUUGAGCGAUGCCCAAAUUUGAAAGAAAACUCGUUUUUAGGCAGGGUCGACCAGUACAAGGAGAUAGGAAGGGUUCCUAAACGCGAAAUCAGUGGUCCCUCACUAUUUGAGAGCUUUCUCGAGGAUCGAAUUACCAGAAGAUCGGUCGUCAGGCGGGGCCACACAAAUUGGCGUCGGGACCUGUUAAUUCUUUGUGCCUUUGACGGCUGGAGAAUCAGAACAGGGUAG